AUGACAUCUGAACUUGCUCAAUUCCUGAAAUCUCCCAAGACCGUCUCUAUUGUAGGAUGUCCCUUCAGCGGCGGCCAGCCUAAAAUUGGCGUGGACGAAGGUCCAAUACACCUCGUCGAAGCUGGGCUUGUCAAUCAACUUCAAGAGCUAGGCUGGAACGUCAAGUUUGAUGGGCACCAUCAAUUUGAAGACAUUAAAUAUACGUUGUCGUCGUCUUCCGCUACUGCUUCGUCGCCUGCGGCUGGUACGGACAACGAUACCUCAACAACCUCGAAUCAUUGGGAUCCACCCAUUGGCAUACUGAAGAACCCGCGUUUGGUUUCACGUGUAUGUGAGGAGGUAGCUAAAGUCGUAUCAGGACAUGCGAAGAAGGGAGAGCUGCCUCUCACAUUAGGAGGCGAUCAUUCGUUGGCGAUGGGUACUAUUUCCGGGACGUUGGAUGCCCAUCCUAGCGCUGGCGUCAUUUGGGUUGAUGCGCACGCAGAUAUCAACACAGCUGCUACCACCGAGUCAGGUAACAUCCACGGAAUGCCCGUCUCCUUCCUCAUGGGACUAGAUGGAAACCACCAGGCUUUCUCUGAUUACAACAAAUCCAAUUCCCCUUCUUUAGAGACACCAUUCGCUUGGAUAAAACCAGUCCUUAAACCAUCUUCUAUCGUCUAUAUCGGCCUACGAGACGUUGAUUCGGGCGAGAAGAAGAUUCUGAAAGAUAACGGGAUCAAGGCAUUUAGUAUGCACGAUGUGGAUCGGUAUGGGAUCGGCAAAGUCGUUGAGAUGGCGUUGGAUUAUCUGAACGCUGAUAACACAAACCCCGAUGAAGUUCGGCCAAUACACCUUUCAUUUGAUGUUGAUGCUCUUGAUCCAAGUGUUGCUCCGUCAACGGGUACUCCUGUCCGCGGAGGACUGACAUUUAGAGAGGGUCAUUAUAUCUGCGAGAGGAUAUGGGAGACUGGGGCGUUGGUUGGGUUGGAUUUGAUGGAAGUCAACCCUUCACUAGAAGACGAUGUCAGUGUAAAACAGACCGUCGCAGUUGGAUGUUCGCUUGUUCGCGCUGCAUUGGGCGAGACGCUUUUGUAG